AUACAGUGGAAUGAAGUUCAUAGCACAUUACAUAUUAUAAUUGUUGAGAACCACAGCUGAAAUAUUUUAACAUUUAACAUGGCAAAAGUGUUGAUAGAAAUUACACGUCAACUACAACCAUUUUAAGAAGCGAUUUGCAUUCUGCAUUUAAAAUUUUACAAUGCAGUCUGGACACUGCAUAAUUUUAAAAUAUAGCACGUCCGGCUAAUAAAGUCAUAGAUUUAAUACUGCAGUGACAGAAAUGUUGCGUUUAAGUAUUACCAGGGGCUCGCGUGCGGGGUCUAUUUGGAGGCGGAGGUACUGGGCGGAAAUGUCUGAAAAUUUUGGAAUGAUGUGCGGGAAUUUGCUGCCAUCCAAAGGCAAAACAUGUAAUAGCAGUUUUACUACCAUUUAGCCGAUGCUGCACGUGCACUUUCAAAAUACAUGGCGCAGCAGUGGACGAGUGGAACGAGGACGGCCUGUACGGAGUUUUCAUAUCGUUUUGCGUGCCGUCGGGCAUUAUUUUACUUUGGUGAACCUGGAGGUUGCAGUAUAUCUUUAUCGGCUCAUUGUUGUGUGGUGCUAAAAGCUUUUAACUUGUCGUCGGGCAGAGGUAAUAAAACUAUGUCCCAGCAUUCUUUGCUCCAAUCUUUUGGUGGAUAAAGGAAACCCUGCCACACAAGGUCUCCGGGCACUGCUAAUUACUGUUGACCUUCUCAAAUCGCUUAGACUACAAUGGUCCUGGCGGAUUUUUAACAUAGGUUACCUUGAUCCUGAGACAGGCGUAUAGAAUUACAUAUACCCAAUCCAGCUUUUAAAGAUAAGGUCCAGUAAACUCAGUAAUUAAGUCAUCAAGAACAAAUUAACAAAUGCGUAACGUCACCCAAGGAUGGAGAUGGAUCUCCACGUCAGCCUACGUCUCAAAAUUUCUGCUCCAGUGAUCUGCUUCAAAGAGACUGUAGCAACGGCGCAAGAGAACCAUGCCACGAGGACUUAAUGAAGGAAAACCAGCGACAGAGCUAUAAUGGAUUUUGACGAGCGUGUACCGCUUGGGUCGAAUAUGUAUUUGCCCAGUUGCACGUACUACGUCCCGGGAACAGAGUUUUCGAGUCUCCCAUCGUUUUUAUCUCAGACCCCGUCUUCUCGACCAAUGACGUACUCGUACUCUUCUAACCUGCCGCAGGUUCAGUCCAUGAGAGAGGUUACCUUUCGGGACUAUGCUAUUGAUACAUCCAGUAAAUGGCACCACCGAGGAAAUUUGUCGCACUGCUAUGCGACAGAGGAGAUGGUUCACAGAGACUGUCUGUCUGGUCCAACAUCUCUAGGGGAAAUGAUCGCGAAAAACAAUUCUGUUGUCUACCAUUCGAACUCUAGCUCCACGACUAAUUUCUAUAGCAGCGUGGGAAGGAACGGUGUGCUGCCCCAAGCUUUUGAUCAGUUUUUCGAGACGGCGUAUGGGAAUGCAGAAAACCGAACGGUCGACAACCCGCUGGACAAAAAUACCACGAAACUGACUAACCCAGGGUCCGGCUCCGACACGUGCCGGGAAACAAGGGGAAGAGAGCGGCGAGAAGACAGCAGCAGUCCAGAGUCCUCUUCCGGCAACAAUGAAGAGAAAUCUAACAGCAGUGGUCAGAAGACACGUAAGAAGAGGUGUCCCUACACAAAAUACCAGAUCAGAGAACUGGAGAGAGAGUUCUUCUUCAGUGUGUACAUCAACAAAGAAAAACGUCUGCAGCUCUCCAGAAUGCUAAAUCUCACCGAUCGCCAAGUGAAAAUUUGGUUCCAAAACAGGAGAAUGAAAGAAAAGAAACUGAACAGGGAUCGUUUACAAUAUUACACCGUCAAUCCUUUGCAUUAGCAGUAUGCAUGUGGACCCGGCUUUUCCCUCUGUGUUGAAACAGAGGCACGACGGUUAAUUUCAAGUUCUAGGAUGUAGAUUCAUUCCCCGCAGACAAUGAACUGGAUGUUUCCAAAAGAACUUUAUACAUUUUCCUGGAUGAAAAUAACUGUUUUUUUUUAUCCAAAUGUAUAUAAUAUAUUCCAAUCAUGUAGUGGCGUCUAAAUCACAAGUUUAAACCUGUCUAAGUAUUGUCGCCCAACCCCAAUUAUUGUAAUCACUGAACAUUGACGUUAUCAUGUCUAUUUAUUUUCGCAUUUAGCCAAAUAUGACAUGUGUUACUGUUUUGUAUGUUUUAUUCAUUGUGGGUAUACAGUUUGGUGCGACAAAAAUAUAUGAUUUGUAACGCCUAAAAGGCAGGUGGUAAUGCUAUAUGAUAGUUCUGUUUAAAUAGUAAUUUUUUUUCAGUAGAAUACAAAUUUAAAUGGAAGGUAGCUUUUUCACAUCGUCGAUGUUCUUUUUUUUAUAUAUGAAUCAGUAAACAAGAGCAGGAAAUAGACAUUUCGCUAGCCUAGACAUCAAAAAUGUCAUACGAUGUUCAAGCUAAAAUAAAGCGAUUUUAUAGCAUUAAACAUAAUUUUGUUUGGA